AUGGCUUCACGUGUGUCCCUCUCGUGGCGCCUGGCAAGCAGACCCGUUGCGGCUGGCCGCCGUGCCUGCUCAACGCCUUCAUCCUGGGCUCCGCGCACAGCUUUCCGUGGUGGCAAGCGACAGCAGCGAUUUUACUCUUCUGACAGUGGCCCGACUGGCAACAAGGACAAGGUCAAGUUUUGGCCUUUUAUUGCCGUGAUUGCUAUUGGUUCAGCCGGAUACGUUGGAUUGGUGAACCGUCGCAAAGAUAUGACGCGAACAAGCGAUUCCAAGACCGAGGGCCAGCUGCCCCCGCCGGCCAAAUCCUCGCCCACAUUCUCUCCCUCCGAUGUCACGGUGCUCUUCGUCCUCGGCGGCCCCGGCGCCGGAAAAGGCACCCAAUGCGCCAACCUCGUCAAGCAGUACGGCUUCACGCAUCUCUCCGCCGGCGAUCUGCUCCGCGCCGAACAGGAACGCCCUGGCUCCCAGUUCGGCGAUCUCAUCCGCGACUACAUCAAGAACGGGCUCAUUGUGCCCAUGGAGGUCACCAUCCAGCUCCUCGAGAACGCCAUGACCGAGGCGCUCCAGAGCAACGGCAACGCCACAAAGGGCCGCUUUCUAAUCGACGGCUUCCCGCGCAAGCUAGACCAGGCGUACAAAUUUGAAGAGUCUGUAUGCCCCGCCAGAAUGGUCCUCUUCUUCGACUGUCCCGAAAAAGUCAUGGAGGAGCGUCUCCUCGAGCGCGGCAAGACCAGCGGCCGCGCCGACGACAACGCCGAGAGCAUUCGCAAGCGCUUCCGUACGUUUAUCGAGACGAGCAUGCCUGUUGUGGAUUACUACGAGAAGCAGGGCAAGGUGGUCAAGAUUGAUGCUACCCCCACGCCGGAUCAGGUCUUUGCCAACACGAAGGCACGUCUGACUGAGAAGUUUGGCAAGGAGUUUUAG